AUUAUUAUUAUUAUUAUUAUUGUAGUUAUUUGUCCUAAUCUUCCUCUUGUUCCUCAUCUUGUUAUUGAGAACACUCCUGCUUACACACCUGGUAGUGUUAUUACAUUCAGUUGUGUGGCUGGCUUUGGUUUUAGUGGAAAUAGAGCUAUCUUGUGCGAUGAAACUGGUCACUGGAACAGCACACUGCCUUCCUGUAUGCCAUCAAAUUCAUCAAGUACUUUGCAGUCUUCAGUUAAGAGCACAUCAGCUACAAUAAAACUAUCUACAACCUCAUCAAUUCUUGUAGCAAACUCAUCUAGUUUUUAUCCUGGACCAUCUAUUGCAGCACAUUCUUCUGGAAAUAAAAAGACCCUAAUAGGAAGUUUAGUAGGAGUUGGUGUUAUUAUUUUAAUUAUAAUCAUCAUCAUCCUUGCUGUAGCAUAUUUAAUUGUAAAGGCUCGAAGACAUCGUCGUUACCGUUCCUUCAGAGCACUAACAAUCAAAGCUGAAGACUUUGAAGAUGAUGAAGAUGAAGAGAAAAUUACUUUAAUAGAUCCAGAGGAUGAAGAGGUUGCUGAUGAGAGGAUAAGAACUGAUGAGAGGAGUAUUGGUCUAAAGGAAAUGGGCAAGGGAGUUGUUCACUUCCAGCCAUCGUUGCAUUCUGAUGAAGAUGUUCCUCCAAUUGACACUGACAAAUAAUAAUUUUUUGCCGAUAUUUUUCAUACUUUAUUAAAACCGUGAAUAUUUUCAAUAAUGUAUGCACAUAAUAAUUAAUGAUAAUUAUUUUUAUUAGGCUGGCAACUUAAUAAAACUGUA